AAGUGGUGUUCAUCGUGUCGCAGCUUUGUCCUCAUCUACGGUGUUGUGUUUGGGUGAAGGUGGGAGCUCCUGUAUGGAUCGGAGGGAGGACAGAGAGGAUGUCCCCACCUCUAAAAGAAAGACAAUUGAUCCGAUGCUGCACGGCUGUGAACCCAGUUGUUUGUCCUUUACGUCUAUGGAUGUUCCUCUUACGUUUAAACAUCCUGACUAUGAAAGGCUCCUCCAGCAGAGACCAGACACUUCUGAACCCACUGGUCUAUCCGUUAAAACCAGCCGAUCAAAGGAAACGUUUAAAGGAGAACCUCCAUCUGCUGGUCCGCUAAUUGAUCCGAUGCUGCACGGCUGUGAACCCAGUUGUUUGUCCUUUACGUCAAUGGAUGUUCCUCUUACGUUUAAACAUCCUGACUAUGAAAGGCUCCUCCAGCAGAGACCAGACACUUCUGAACCCACUGGUCUGUCCAUUAAAACCAGCCGAUCAAAGGAAACGUUUAAAGGAGAACCUCCAUCUGCUGGUCCGCUAAACGAUGAGCAUAGCGCAGAAGCUCCUGGAGGUCAGUCUGCGCAGCAGCAUCAAUCACACCUCGACUCCAUAUUCAUGGCCCUGGAGGAUGAUAUUGUCGCUUUUGUAAAGGACGAGCUGAAGAAGAUCCAAAAGGUCCUGAGUUCAGACUUCUCACAGUGCUUAGAGAGCCAGAGGUAUGAGGAGGAUGCAGCACAGAAGAGCGGCAGCAGAGAUGCCGUUCUAAAGAUCACAUUGUACUUCCUGAGAAAAAUGAAGCAGGAGGAGCUGGCUGACUGUCUGCAGUGCAGGUAUCCUGUUCAAGUUUGCGCACAGCGUAGACUGAAAUCUUACCUGAAGGAGAUGUUCCAGCGUGUUUUUGAGGGGAUCGUUAAAGCAGGAAACCAAACCUUUCUAAACCAGAUCUACACAGAGCUCUACAUCACAGAGGGGGGGAUUGAUGAAGAACAUGAGGUCAGACUGAUUGAAACAGCAUUCAGAAAGCAAUGCAAACCAGAAACAACAAUAAGACAAGAAGACAUCUUUAAACCCUCCCCUGGAAGAGAUGUGCCAAUCAGAACAGUGAUGACAAAGGGAGUGGCUGGCAUCGGGAAAACAGUCUUAACCCAGAAGUUCACUCUGGACUGGGCUGAAGAUAAAGCCAACCUGGACAUAAAGUUUGUGUUUCCAUUCACUUUCAGAGAGCUGAAUGUGCUGAAAGACAAAAAGUUCAGCUUGGUUGAACUUGUUCAUCACUUCUUUACUGAAACCAAAGAAGCAGGAAUCUGGAGGUUUGAAGAAUACAAGGUUUUAUUCAUCUUUGACGGUCUGGAUGAGUGUCGACUUCCUCUGGACUUUAAAAACAACCAGACCCUGACUGAUGUCACAGAUUCCACGUCAGUGGAUGUGCUGCUGACUAACCUCAUCAGGGGGAAACUGCUUCCCUCUGCUCGCCUCUGGAUAACCACACGACCUGCAGCAGCCAAUCAGAUCCCUCCUGAGUAUAUUGAUAGGGUGACAGAGGUCAGAGGGUUCACUGAUCCACAGAAGGAGGAGUACUUCAGGAAGAAAUUCAGUGACAAGAAACAAGCCAGCAGAACUAUCUCCCAAAUCAAGACAUCACCAAUCCUAAACAUCAUGUGCCACAUUCCGGUCUUCUGCUGGAUCACUGCUACAGUUUCUGAGGAUGUGUUUAAAACCAGAGCAGGAGGAGAUCUGCCCAAGACCCUGACUGAGAUGUACAUCCUCUUCCUGGUGGUUCAGACCAAACGGAAGAACAUGAAGUUUAAUGGAGGAGCUGACACAGAUCCACACUGGAGUCCAGAGAGCAGGAAGAUGAUUGAGUCUCUGGGAAAACUGGCUUUCGAGCAGCUGCAGAAAGGAAACCUGAUCUUCUAUGACUCAGACCUGACAGAGUGCGGCAUCGAUAUCAGAGCAGCCCCCUUGACCUCAGGAGUGUUCACACAGAUCUUUAAAGAGGAGAAAGGACUGUACCAAGAUAAGGUGUUCUGCUUUGUCCAUCUGAGCGUUCAGGAGUUUCUGGCUGCUCUUCAUGUCCAUCUGACCUUCAUUAACUCUGGAGUCAAUCUGCUAGCUGAAGGACAAACAACAUCCAAUAAUUCUCAAAUGAAGAAACACAAAGGUGCAAUGACACAGUUCUACCAGAGUGCUGUGGAUAAAGCUUCAAAGAGCCAAAAUGGACACUUGGACUUGUUCCUCCGCUUCCUUGUGGGCCUUUCUCUGCAGACCAACCAGACUCUCCUGCAAGGCCUGCUGGUAACGACUGAAAGUAGUUCUCAGAUAAAUCAGGAAACAGUCGAGUACAUCAAGAUGAAGAUCAGUGAAGAUCUCUCUUCUGAGAAGAGCAUCAAUCUGUUCCACUGUCUGAACGAACUGAAUGAUCGUUCACUAGUGGAGGAGAUCCAACAGUGCCUGAGAUCAGAAAGACUUUCUGCCAAUGAACUUUCACCUGCUCACUGGUCAGCUCUGGUCUUCAUCUUACUUUCAUCUGAAAAAGACCUGGAUGUGUUUGACCUGAAGAAAUACUCUGCCUCAGAGGAGGCUCUUCUGAGGCUGCUGCCAGUGGUCAAAGUCUCCAACAAAGCUCAGCUGAGUGGCUGCAACCUCUCAGAGAAAAGCUUUAAGGCUCUGUCUUUAGUUCUGAGCUGCCCGUCUUGUAGUCUGAGAGACCUGGACCUGAGUAACAACGACCUUCAGGAUUCAGGAGUCAAGCUGCUUUCUGAAGCACUCAAGAGUCCACAAUGCACUCUGGAAACUCUCAGGCUGUCAGGCUGUCUGAUCACAGAAGUAGGCUCUGCUUCUCUGGCCUCAGCUCUGAGCUUCAAUCCUUACUAUCUGAGAAAGCUGGACCUGAGCUUCAAUCAUCCAGGAGAGUCUGGAGUGAAGGUGCUUUCUGCUGGACUGGAGAAGCCAGAGUGGAGACUUAACACUCUUAGGUUGGAGCCUGGUGGAGUUCAGUGGUUGACACCAGGUCUGAGGAAGUAUUCCUGUGAACUCACUUUUGACACGAACACUGUAAACGGAAACAUCGAACUAGCUGACGGAAACAGAAGGGGGACAUAUGUGAUGGAGGAUCAGUCUUAUCCUGAUCAUCCCAAUAGAUUUGACAAGUGUCCUCAGUUGCUGUGUCAAACUGGCCUGACUGAACGUUGUUACUGGGAGGUGGAGUGGAGUGGACUGGUGUAUGUAUCAGUGAGCUACAGAGGAAUCAGCAGGAGAGGAGACAGAUAUGACAGCAGGUUCGGGAGGAAUGAUCAGUCCUGGAGUCUGGAGUGCUCCGAAGACGGUUACUGUCUCUGGCACAAUAACAAAGCCAUAUACAUUACCUCCUCCUCCUCCUCCUCCUCCUCCCUCCUCUCUAACAGAGUAGCAGUGUAUGUGGACUGUCCUGCUGGCACUCUGUCCUUCUACGAAGUCUCAUCUGAUAAACUGAUCAACCUCCACACGUCCAACACCACCUUCACUGAACCUCUGUAUCCUGGGUUUGGGUUGGGUUUCUGGCCGAACAGAUUUGGUUCUUCAGCAUCUCUGUGUUCUCUCUAGGAGGGAGGAUCUGUGUCAGACAACAACUUGUAUUUAUAUAUUUAUAUGUAUAUAUAUUUGUUUUCGAGGCCCGCGGUAAAACCCGGAGCAGAGCUUUUGUUUUGUAGUUUGAACAUUGAACUGAAAUGGACUGAACUGUGGGUUGUGGGUACACCGGAGCAGACUUUUGCCGGAAGGGACUUGGCUUACAAACAGAGACUGUGAAACGCGCACACACAUUGUGCACUUUCAUUUAGUUUGCAGUGUGGUUGAUAUAAAUUGCGAAAAUACAUUUUAUUGAAAUUGCCUUGCUGUUUUGUUUGAUUGUUUUGUGGCUCCUGCGUAUGUCAUAUUUUGUGCAGGUUGACUAUGUUUUGUUUGCAUUUAAUUUUUAUUUGUCAGACUUGACUCUGACUGGCACCCCAAAUUAAACUUUGUCAAACUUGUUACAAUAUAUAUAUGGUCAUUAAAUUUAAAAGGGAACAAAAAACCCUGGAGAUACUGUACAUACCUGCGUACAUUCUGUAUUAACCUUGGUCUUUUAUUAAGGUGUAAACAGUUAGUGGGUAAAAGGGAUGAACUGUGGCUGCUCGUUUUCAAUUUCUUCUAAAAAAAAACAGUUUUAGGGAAGGUGAUUGAAUUUUUUUCCCCAAUUUUUUAAUCGACUGAACCUAAAACUUAACGUUGCGUUGAAAAAGUUGUUUGUGAAAAACCUUCUCAGUAAGAUUUAAAGUUAAAACUUUAAGCAAAAGUCUUUUAGGAGAAAUGUUGGAAACUACUCGAGCGUGAGACUUGCUGGAUAUUUAAAUUUAAAGCAGUAAUAUGAUGAGUAGGCUGAUAAUUUUUGACAUUUCUAUAAUACUGUCAGGGUCCACAAAAAUACCUCCUUUACUGUCUUAUUUUAUAUAUUGUGAUAACCAUAUUCAUCAUUAUCAGCUAUAACAUGAUGUGAUCUUUUAUUCUCUCUGAUUUUAAUAUUGACUAAUUAAAGCUACACAUUGUUCUUUUUAACUGUUUGUCAUGUGUUCAAUAACAUGAAUCUCAUCACCCUUUUAGAUAUCACGUCCCAUCUUGUGUAAUUUAUUUAUAUGCUGCUUUAAUUCAGACAUUGGGCUAUUUGUUGGGAACCUCAGCUUUCAUGGCAUCUUGCCUUCUUCCCAACAAAGUCCUUAGUGGUCAAAACCAGUUAGUGUUUGUUAGUGUUUGUUUCAGUGUUUUUUUGGGAAAUGCCCAAUUUGUUAAACACACUUCAACUUAAGAAUAAACUUAUCUAUGAAAAAAAACA